AUGAAGGACCUAGGAAAGCUAACAAUUUUUUUGGUUUUGGAGAUGAGUUAUGGAAAAGAAGGCAUACGAUUGAGUCAACAAAAGUAUGCAGAAGAUCUUGUUCAGUUAGUGAAUCUCACUGAUCAUAAGAAGGACGUUCAUACUCCAAUGGAAGCGAAUACGAAAUACAGAAAAGAGGAAGGAGAGCUUUUUGGAGAUCAGACUUUGUAUAGACGUUUUGUUGGAUCACUUAUCUAUCUUACGAUGAGUCGUCCUGAUAUCUCCUAUGCAGUACAAGUGUUAAGUCAAUUCGUUACCAAGCCCUACAACAUUUACUACUCAGCUUUGCUUAGGGUUAUUAGAUACAUAAGAGGUAGUGUGAAUCGAAGUCUCUUAUUUCCAUCAUCUUCAUCGUUGGACAUUGUGGGAUACGCUGAUGCAGAUUGGGAAAGAUGCCUUGAUUUAAGACGAUCCACUACAGGCUAG